AUGGGGGUCGCGAGGCUAACACAGGUGUCUCGGCGCUACUUCCGCCACGCGAUUCCUCUUGCUGUCCUCUCGCUGCUGCUGCUUUAUCUCUGUGCUCGGAGCUUUCGUGAGUGGUCCCUUCCCUCAUCUGCCCUGGGAGGCACCAGGAACCCAAGCGCUGGGGACCUAAGGCCCCCUCCUCGAGCCUUCACCGCUCGGCCUCGCCCCUCCCCAGGCGUCGUCUCAGGGUGCAGGUCCUGGGCACAGUCCUGCAAUCCCGAAGGACCGCCGCCUGUCCAGGUCCGGCGGCAGUCGGGCCCCCUGGAGGCCCCCAAGUGGAAAGAGCCUCCGUGUGAGGGCCCCCAGGGGGUGCUGGGCCGCGUGAUGGAGCCGUUUCGCGCCAGUCUGAACCCCGAAGGCGACUUGGCAUUGUCGCAGUACCUGGCCGGAUGGAGGGCGCUGGUCAGGUUCCUAACUCCCCUCGGUUCCAUCUUCGCCUUCGCCACGGACGAGGCCUCCGCCAAGGUGACAGCCCUAGAGGCUCGGGUGCACGGUCCGGAGGCGGCGCACUACUCGUCGCUGGCGGCCAUGGCGGCGUGGGAGCGGCGGGCGGGACUGCUGGAGCGGCCCGGGGUCGCCCCCCGAGACCCGGCCAGGUCCUCGGGCUCACGGACCCUGCUCUUGCUGCACCGAGCGCUGCGCUGGUCCCAGCUCUGCCUCCACCGGGUGGCGGCCGCGACGCCCGGAGGCCCGGACGCCGGCGUGCAGUGCGGCGACGCGUACCGCACGGCGCUGGCCCCGCACCACCCCUGGCUCGUGCGCCAGGCCGCCCGCCUCGCCUUCCUCGCCUUCCCGGGUCGCGGCCGCUGGCUCGGGCUGGCGUGCCCGGGGGCCGGGGAGACGGAGGCGCGGGCCGCGCUGGCGCGGGCGGCGGCCACCCUGGAGGCCGUCUACAACCGCACCCAGGGCCUGCUGGCCGAGCGCGGGCUGCUCGGGCUGGCCUGACGCCCGCCGCGGUCGGGACCCGCCACGUGGAGAGGGCGCCCCGCGUUCGGCCCGCCGCCCACCCGGGCCCGGCCAGGGGCGGGGCCGCCUCGGCCACGCCCACGUAUGAC